AUGAGUGCUAUCGAAUAUAUAUCUACGACGGAUGUCAGCUGUCAGAGGUGUAAAGAAGAGACUGCUAUUUUGAAAGCAAGAAGUGAGUUUCAUUGCAAGCAAUGUUAUUUGCGCCUUGUACGUGGGAAACAAAGAAAGCAGAUGUCAGCGGAGAAAUACAAGAUCAACUACAAGAAAUCAACUUCGGGUCAGUUAGAGAAGGUAUUAGUAGCAUUUUCAGGAGGUGUAUCGUCACUAGUGCUACUCGAUGUUUUGGGAAAUUUACUAUUGGAGCAACAACAAACACAUAAAGGGUUACAAGGGUUUGAAAUUGUCGUUGUUAAUUUGGAUGAGAAGGAGUUGAAUUCGUUAAAUAAGGAUGUUGUGGAUGUUCUACCGGAGAUUUUAUCAAGAUUUGAGCCAGUCAAAAUCUCAUUCAAGAAAGUAUCCAUGAACUCUUAUGUGGACCCAAAUAGCUUGAAUGAAAUUCACAUUGAAAAUGAUUUCAGCUCAUUCGCAAGUCCCUUGGAAGCACGACCAUAUACUCUUAUUGAGUUGUUGAGUAUGUGUCCUAACAAAUCAUCGGCGGAGGACUUGCUAAGUAUCGUGUUUGAAAAAUUACUUUUGCAAGCUGCAUAUGAAGAAGGAUGCGGGACUAUAGUGCUCGGUCAUUCAAUGACUAGAAUUGCUAAUGAAGUUAUAGCCCUCACUGUUAAAGGCAGAGGCUCUUCUAUACACAAGCUAAUAUCGAAUAGAUCUCACAGCUAUAAGGGCAAGGAUAUUGACAUCAUAUACCCUUUGCGUGAUCUAUUGUUUGCAGAGAUUGAAGAAUAUGCUCGACUUGCGGACUUGAAAAAGUAUGAGCUUCAUUCACAAGUAGUUAAAUCGAGGGUAUCGAAAAACUUGACUAUACGAGAUUUGGUGAGUAAUUAUUUCUCCAACUUGGAUGCAACGGGGUAUUCAUCUACGGCAUCAACAGUUAUGAAAAUUGGCCAAAAAUUGGGCUCCCCAGAAACAGAAUCAGUAACAACAUGUAAGUUAUGUGGAGUAGAUAUAUAUCUGGAUCCUAAAAGUUGGCUAAAGACAAUCACUGUGAAUGAUCCAGCACCAGUCCAAACAGAGGAAGAAAAAAGCUAUUUAAAAGAGUAUUUAUCGAGCGUGGAACAUGACAUGAAUGAUGCUCCCAGCGGGGCAAAAAUUGAACUUUGUUACGGAUGUAUCACCACAUUAAAUGGUGUACAAGGGCAUAAGGGAUUCAUAUGGCCCAUUGAGCCCAGCAUAAAUUUGGAAAGAGAAGAUGUUUCAAGUAUAGACAAGAAGAGACAGAUAUUGGACGAGUUUGUAUUGACCGAUACUGAGGACGAUUAG